AUGGCUCAUUUUGCCGUUCUGUCCACCUGGCGCGCGGUCCUUUCUUUUCCUUUUUUUUUCCUUUCGAGUAUUCAUUUCAAACAUUCAGCGUAAAUUAAACUAUAUCCGUCUGGAGAAUUGGUGCUUUGAACCUCAAAAUGUUAUUGGUUAAUUUUUUUCCGAAGCGAGGUUACUGCAAUUUACAACAAUAUGAAAUGGAAAUAUAUACUUCAUAAUGAAAAAAAUAACCUAUUACUGGAGAAAUUUUUUUAUUUUUUCCCAAAUUUUUUUGAAAUCAGCAUAAAACAAAUUUAUUGUCGUUUCAAAAAAAUGUUCAAAUAACGAAUAAAGAAAUUUCCAAUUUCUGACUUUUUUUAUUUUUGAUUUUUUUACGUUUUGAAAAACGGUAGUCUCUGGGAACAAUCAAUGUUUUUUGUACGCCCAUAAGUGAAAAAUUUGAAACUCGUUGGUGUACAGAAAGAUUGGAAACUCUGCUCAAAGCGUAAGAAUGAUGCAAGUUUCUCGCAAAACCAGCGAGAUCAUUCGAUCAAAAUCUAAGUCUUAUCGCAAACAUUUGCUUUUCAUAUCGCGCUGCCAUCGCUCCGCCGUGCCACCACCUUCUCUUCAAUCGUUCUAUUUUCAGCAACCGGCAAAAAUGACCAAGAUCCCAACUGUCAAGCUCUCCAAUGGCGUCGAGAUGCCGAUCAUCGGACUGGGAACGUGGCAGGUUGUUGAUGUUGAAAGCUUCAGAAGAUAAUAUAGAAUGUUUCAGUCGUCUCCCGAAGAAGUUAAGGCCGCCGUGAAAGCCGCCGUCCACCUCGGCUACCGUCUGAUCGACACCGCCGCCGUCUACCAGAAUGAGGAGGCCAUCGGUGACGCCGUCCACGAGCUCAUCGAAGAAAGCGUCGUCAAGCGCGAGGACCUCUUCAUCACUACCAAGGUAUCUUUUUUUUUCCUUGUUACGCUUGUAGAUCGUUUUGCCAAUUUUUCUCGAAGUUCUUGGAAACAUCGCGGACAAGAAAUUGCGUCUUGCUUCUCACAAUUCAAAACAAAAAGUGCAAUUUGUCUUAACUGACAAUAGUUUGAAAAUAAAACAUGAAAUUAGGCAAAUUUUUUGUUUGUUCUCUCACAAAGCCGUUGACGACGUUCUAUUUAAUAAUCAUCGCAAAAAACUGCUAAUGAAAAAAGAAAAUUAAACACUAAGUUUCCAUGCGAUGACGAUUAUGAUCAUUGGAAAAUGGAAGACUUGAAUCCAAUGAAAUUCUAUUUUUUGUGAGGGAAACGAGAUUCUAAACUUGAAAAAUGUUUUUUUUGGUUAAAUGCGUGAUUAUGAACCUGAGAAAAAAUGUAUCACCUUUACAGGCAUGGACCAGCGACCUCGGAAGCAAGGAAGCCCUCGAAAGCGCUCUUCGCGGCUCCCUGAAGAAGCUCCGUCUGGAGAAAGUAGAUCUCUACCUUGCUCACAUGCCCGCUGCCUUCAACGUGUGUUUUCGGAUCGACGAUCAAUAAUUUUCAAAGUAUUUCAGGCCGAUUGCUCCCAGCACCUGAAAGACGUCUCCGUCGAGGACGUUUGGGCCGCUUUCGAGCACGUGUACAACCUCGGCCUCACCAGAGCCAUCGGAGUCUCGAACUGGUCCGAUGAGCAGAUCGAGCGCGUUCAGAAGAUCGCCAAGGUCCCGAUCCACAACUCUCAGGUAUCAAAAUUUCUACAGUAUCAUUGAGAGAUCAUUGAAAAAAAAAUUUUGAUUGCUCAACCAUGGUGUGAACACUUUUUCAACAAAGAACGUUAUUCUUUUGAUAGAGAACAAAUGGAAUAAAAUCUGUCGGAUUUUUUAACAUCUGAGAAUGCCAAGCUUCGAAGUACAAAUUAUAGUUUGGGAAUAUCUCAGCCAAAAGCAAAUUUUUCUCCAACUUUUCAUAAAAACAAUUUUCAGGAUGAGCUCCAUCUUUACUUUGCCCAGCACAAGCAUCAGGAAGUCUGCAAGAAGCACAACAUUUCCCUGACCUCUUACGCUACUCUCGGAUCUCCUGGACGUGUCAACUUCUCUCUUCCCGGCGGACAGUAAGCAAUCUUCAACUUGUCGAAAAUAAUGCUCAAAUCAGGAAACUCAACUGGGCUCCGGCUCCUUCUGAGCUCGAAGACGCCAAUGUCAAGGCUCUCGCCGAGAAGUACCACAAAUCUCCUGCUCAGGUAAUUUAAUAAAAGUCAAUAUAAUUAACGAAUCUAUCUGAAUCUUUUUCAGAUCCUUCUUCGUUACGCUCUUGACCGGGACAUUGCCAUCAUCCCGAAGUCUGUGAACGAAUCUCGCAUCAAGGAGAACUUCGCUCUCUUCGACUUCAAGCUCACUCAGGAUGAGAUUAAGAAGCUCGAGUCUGCUGGCCACAACCAGCGUUUGUUCCUCCAGGACUUGUGAGUUUCUAAAGUGAAUAUGAAAUGAAGGUAGCCGAUUUUUUUCAGCAUGAUCGACCACCCCGAAGAUCCUUUCAAGAACGAGCGCCACUAA